AUGUCUGCCAAACCCGAGGCUAAACGUAAGGAUUCAGCCUCCAGACCAUAUAAAUGUCCCAUGUGCGACAAGGCCUUCCAUCGACUUGAACACCAGACUCGCCACAUCCGGACACAUACUGGUGAGAAGCCACACUCGUGCUCGUUUCCCGGCUGCAACAAGCGCUUCUCACGGUCCGACGAGCUCACCAGACAUUCUCGCAUCCACACCAACCCGAACUCUCGCCGCAACAAGAACUUGUCCAAGGUUGGCGGGUCUCCAAUCUCCGUAUCGCCACUCACCAACUCGGCUGCGGUGCCGCUGUCCCCUACCCUUCCGCGUCUGCUGCCACCAGACCUCCACCUGGCGCUGCCUAUAAUGUCGUCGUCGAGCCAAAAUGUCCCCACAAUUUCUGCCACCCUUAGUGUGCAGCCCUCGACAUCCUCGUCUUACACCACUGAUGCAGCGCACCCAAGCCCUGGCCCACAUGCCCAAUCACACCACCACCAUCUGUCGUCGUCCUCGACGGCGUCUUCUACCACCUCUAUUACCAAAUUGGAGAUUAAAAAAUCCCCGGAUUCUGCGGUAGGGCUGCCGCCUUCCGACGAACCGUCUUUUUCAGUUAAGGACGAGGUUUCUACACGGCCCGUGUUGGGAUCUGGCGCUCAUUCUACCAUGAACAUCGACAUUUUGGCCUCCGCUGCCACUGAGGAGUUGAAGGUGUUGGAGAAGUCCAGUUCGCACACCCAGCCGGACGCCCCAGGCGAGCCGGCGCCCACAAAUUCCAAGUCUCUUCCUUCACUCACAGACUAUUUCAACUCAGGCAAGGUUGCCAAGUUCGGCUUCGCCACAUCGUCAUCGACUUCACUGAAUAACUUACAAUACUUGUCUAAUGUGGCACUAGUGUCCAGCAAAAACAAUAGCUACACGACGCUCUCACACUCAAGCAAAUCGCCGUUUAAUACCCUUCUGUCCCUCCAGAAGAUGACGCCGUUGACUCCAUGGGUGCAACGCCCUACGCCAACGAGAACCCACAUCAUGGAGGACAGCGACUUGGAUUACGUGCAGCAGAAAUUGAAGAAAAGUAGGCCGAACUCACCAACCAACAACUUCACUUUGCCUAAUUCUCCUGUUCUCGGUCUCUCUAUGUCCAACACUCCCAUCAUCUCGGCCAAUAACUCAUCCACCAACUUGACGAGCUUCUUCAUGACACCGACCGGAUCUAAUGGCGCAAAUCCACCUUCCAUUCCACAGCAGGUUGAGAGGCCCAUUGCUCCUCCCAGCAUUCCUCGUCAGUUGAACCAGACACCACCACCAACUACUUCGGUUGGUGACCUCAAGUGUCCGGGUGGCUACCCGAUGGACAUUGACAAGCUGCCAUCGCAAGUGUCAACGAACUUACCUCCAUUGAGAAGUUUGAAGUUGGAUUUACCUACAAAUCUUUCGAUGAACAACACAAUGGGACUGAACGAAGUGCGCCGAACUGUUUCGGCCAGCUCGGGUACAAGUGGUCAAUUCAAAACCAUGCUCGAAGAGCAAGGAGUCGUUAUAGAUGACGCCUGA